AUGGAAUUGCUAAAUUCACACCCCUUUUCCUUAGAUUCACACCCUUCCUUCAAAAUCUUAUAUGUACAAGGUACGCAAUCGCCGUUGGACAAAGACGAGUACUUUCUCUGCCACUUGGCUACGGGCGACAUCUUGCGCGCUGCUGUAGCUGCUGGCACCGACAUAGGCAAAAAGGUCAAAUCUGCGAUGGAGUCGGGCGCACUUGUGACCGAAGAGAUUGUCGUCGGUAUUAUUAAGAACGCCAUCAAGAGUUCGGAAUGCCGUCGUGGCUUUAUUCUUGACGACUUCCCACGAACGGUCGUGCAGGCCAAAAGCUCGACGAAAAGUUGA